AUGAAAGGUUAUAGGAUCUAUAUUCCAGAAGAAAGAAGAGUAGUAGAAACUAUUCAUGCUAGUUUUGACGAGACGAAAAAUGGAGUAGAGACAUUAUUUGGGAAGAAUAAGAAGUGUGAAUACGUAAGAUACAAAGACUGCUACCUAGAACAAGUGUUAGACAAUAACGAAGAAACUGUUACAAAGAAAGAAGAAAUGCUACCAAUAAAAAUUGAAGAGUGGCAAAGAGUUGAAGCACCAAGAAAAUUAAGUUCAAGAAUAGAUGUUUACUAUUACCCACCUUCAAGCAAAGAGAGACUUCGAUCAACUAUGAACGUAGAACGAUUUUGUGCUAAGAACGGAUUAAAGUUCCAACCAGAACUAUUUUCAUUUAAGUCGACAAGUCCAAAGCAAGAAGAUAGCGGAGAUUCAUCGUCGGAUUGUGUAGUUCAAGAUUUCGAAGAUAUUUUUGAAGACGAAGUAUACAACUUGGAAUCGCCUAGAACGUACGAGGAAACUCAAGAAUCUGCCGACAAGGAUAAGUGGAAUAAAUCCAUGGAAGAUGAAAUUCAAAUGAUGAAAAAUCGUAAAGUAUGGGAUUUAGUUGAACCUCCAGAAAGUGCCAAAAUCAUCGGAAGCAGAUGGGUGUAUAAUGUGAAGCGAGAUGAUAAAAACCAGAUAAAGAAAUUCAAGUCCCGGCUG